CGGCCGGCGUUAGUACAGUGCAGUAACUCGUGAGCUUCGGUUCAAGUCCCAGUCACUCUCUCACUGACCGCCACGGAGGAGGUCAAGAGCUCAUGAAAGGUUACAGUAGUGUUUCAAGAGAGUACAGCAAGUUAUAGCAGUGUUACAGCAAUGUUAAUGUAGUGUUACAGCAAUGUUAAAGGAGUGUUACAGCAAGUUACAGGAGCGUUGCAGCAAGUUAUACCAGUGUUACAGCAAGCCACUGGAGCGUUACAUCAAGUUACAGGAGCGUUACAGCAAGUUACAGGAGCGUUACAGCAAAUUAUACCGGCCCUACAGCAACUUAUAACAGCGUUACAGAAAGCUACAGGAGCGUUACAGCAAGUUACAUCAGCAUUACAACAAGUUACAGGUUUUUUUUACGGCAAGUUACACCGAAUUACUGUGAUGAUACAGAAGGUUACAGCAGUGAUACAACAGUUAUAGGGUUCUUGGACCUCUCACAAAGUACAAAUAGUGAACCUGGGCCGCUUCGUAAUCUACCUAUACGUUCCUCUUGUAUAAAACAACGUUACUGAGAAGCCGGUUAUGACGUCUUCCAUGGACCCCGAGCAGUGGCCCUUGAGAAAACGGAAGAUUCGCGUCUCCUUGUCAUCACACCAUGACGAGAUGGUCGCUAAGUCACCAUGUCUAGAGAAGAUGUCACCCGGAUCACCAUGUCGAGAGAAGAUGUCACCUGGAUCACCAUACCAAGAUAAGACGCCACCCACAUCACCAUACCAAGACAUUAAACCACCCGGAUCACCAUACCAAUAUAGGAUGCCAUGUGAGUUACCAUACCAAGACAAUUUGAUAACUGUGUCACCAUACCAAGACAGGAUGCCACCCGGAUCACCAUACCAAGACAAUAAACCACCUAGAUCACCAUACCAAUAUAGGAUGCCACAUGAAUUACCAUACCAAGACAAUAUGACAACUGUGUCACCAUACCAAGACAGGAUGUUAUCUGGAUCACCAUACCAUGAUAGAGUUCAACGUGAGUCACCAUACCAAGACAGGAUGUCAUGCGGGUCACCAUGCCAAGACCAUGACAUCAUUAUGGCCCCUAGAUCACCAUACCAAGAUCAAAUGUCCUCAAGAUCACCAUACCAAGAUCAAAUGUCCUCAAGAUCACCAUACCAAGGCCAAAUCUCUUCAAAAUCACCAUACCACGACCAAAUGUCCUCAAGAUCACCAUACCAAGACCAAAUCUCUUCAAAAUCACUAUACCAAGAUCAAAUGUCCUUAAGAUCACCAUACCAAGACUUUUCAUCGUCCGGGUCACUAAGCGAACAUUCUCCAAGGUCCUACGAGAACUCUUCACCCAGGGUCUACGAGAAUCCCGCGCCCAAGUCCUACAUAACCCUGUCGCCCAUGACCUAUCAGAGCUCCACUCCUCCGGCAGCGUACCAUGACGUGCUACCACAAAAAAGGUCAUCAAUAGGACCUCUCUCUCCUCCAGAUACCUAUUACGUCUUGUCACCUCCAAAGAAGUUUGCGGGGACUCCCUCUCCUCCGGUAGGGUUCUACGACCUUCCACCACUGCAGAAGCCAUCUACAGGAAACCUUCCUUCUGCAAGAUGUUACCAGCAACCCCUGAAGAAAACCUUAUCCAUAACUCCCCCUCUUCCUCAUCCUCCUCCUUCCCUGGUAGGGUACUAUGAGUUGCCACCGCUGAAAAGGUUGUCGACGGUAGGACCCUACGAAAAACAAAUUGUUUCCAACCCCUGGUCGACAAAAGGAGACGGUUCAUACUAUGUUCCUAACGAACCCUUUCAAUAUGAGAGACAGCCGCCUCACGCCCACCAGGAUCCUUACUCCCUCGAUGUUCACUCCCCGGGAGAUGGGCCCCUCGUGAUUGACCUGGCGGAGGAGGGAGAGGAGAAGGCGAUGGACCUUCGGCUGAAAGCAAAAAUAACACACGUCGAGAUACAGAGAACACACGACCAGGUACAGAGAACACACGUCGAGAUACAGAGAACACACGACCGGGUUGAGAGAACAUACGACCAGGUUGAGAGAACACAUGACCAGGUUGAGAGAACACACAUCGAGGCCGAGAAUUCAUCAGACGAAAAAGUUUCCCACGAAUCUCUUAAGAAGAUCUCAACCAAAAGAAAACGUGACCGAGGACCAAAGUCAUGGGAGUUUCUGAUGCGACUCUUGGUUGACGAGACAACCAACCCCACAGUAAUCCGGUGGGAGGACGAGGCUGCGGCCACCUUUAGGUUGGUGCAGCCGCAGGUGGUUGCUCGGUUAUGGGGGACGCGAUCCGGGAAACCUGAACUGACUUACAAUAAUUUCGCUCGAGCUCUUAGGUACCACUAUUCUACCAAAUACCUGACGAAGGUAUCCGAGCGUCAGUUGGUGUACGGGUGUGGCCAGGAGGCUCUCAAGUUCCUUACUAUGUUGAAGAACCAGGAAUGUUGAUGCCUUCCUUAAGUUAUCGUAGUGAAAGGUGAUUAAACUGAAGAACCAGACGCGAGUUGAUCUGACGCAAGUUGAUCUGACGCGAGUUGAUCUGACAUAAACUGAUCUGAGGCAAGUUGAUUUGACUCCAUUUGUAAGGUCAUACACCAGACGCCUUUGUGUCCUGAAUGGUCGUGUUGAUUCAUGAGAUGAAGCAGGUGUGUGUGUAUGUGUGUGUGUGUGUGUGUGUGUGUAUGUGUGUGUGUGUGGUGAAGAACUGAAUCCGAAGCUAAAGAAACUGAUGCGACCUGAACUAACACCUUAAGCACAAGAUGAAGAAUCAACGCGUUAACUGAGGGGAAAUAGACGUCAGCUGAAGACCUACACACACACACACACCGGAGGACCAAGCAAGUUAGUGCUACUUAUGAUAAUACAUUACUGAAAACAUGUAUCUUGUUGAAAUGUUCCUAGAUGUUCUACAAUAACUUGGCCAUGCCUUAUCGAAGAACCUAAUGAACUGUUCUGCAAAUUCUUUUAAGUGCCCAAAAUCUUAGUGGCGUCUGUCUUUGGUACUUUUGAUAUAUUGUGUGUGUGUUUGUGUGUGUACACCAUUGUCAUUGGUUAUACAGAUGCAUUAUCUUCGACAGUGAAAGUAAUGCUUCAGAAAGUCACGUCAGUUCACUCCGCAAACAAAACCAUUCGAAUGUGGAGAAAAAAAUUACAAAGAAGAAUAACUAAACAUCUAAACGUAUCAAGAGUGUUUGGAUAUUGUUUAAUAUUGAAAUCAAGUUUGAAGAAUAAUUCAGUGCAGGAAGUGAUAAGUGAACACGAACUGGUACUAGUUAUUGUGUUGUCAUCGUGACGUCGUGAGUGUAAACAUUCCCAUGAUGUAAUUAUUGUAAGUUCAUCCCAUCAACAUGUAAAUCAUUCAUCAUUAUGCAUUGUAUAUUUCAACUACUGAAGCAGCUUAAUCAAUCAGUGUACCGCCCUCAUGUCCUCUGUGGUUUUGUAUCUCUCUGAGGACACAGUUUUUAAUUUCAUUCAUCCAUUCUAGUCUCUGCCUGCCUCUGGCCCUCCUACCCUCAACUUUGUCACAUUAAUAUUUCUGU